UUGAUGAAGGAGCUUGGUGAAAUAACCCUUCGCUUCCACCUGAAUGGGUUGUUCAUCACAGAUUUUGAGCUAGGGGCCAGCUCUAAAAUGGUGCCUCUGAAGAAAAGAUUUGAGAUGCUGUUAUGUUUUCAUCAAAGAUCUGCUGGUUCCCUACCAGCGGGUAACCAAGACUGAAUACGUGCACACGAAGAGGGGCAUGUGAUGACAUGGAGCCUGAAAUAAACUGCUCUGACUUGUGUGACAGUUUGCCUGGCCAGGAGCUGGAUCGGAGACCCAUUCAUGAACUCUGCAAGACGACUAUUACCUCUUCCCACCAGAGCAGUAAGACCAUUUCUUCAUUAUCUCCUGCCCUCUUGGGUAUAGUUUGGACUUUUCUCAGCUGUGGACUUCUUCUGAUAGUCUUCUUUCUUGGCUUCACAAUUCGCUGCAGAAAGAACAGGAUUGUGAAGAUGUCCAGUCCCAAUCUGAACAUUGUGACCUUGCUGGGCAGUUGUCUGACUUACAGUAGCGCUUACCUCUUUGGGAUUCAAGGUCAAGAUGCUUCAGUGGGAAGCUCAAUGGAAACUCUCAUUCAGGUAAGACUGUCCAUGCUGUGCAUUGGGACCUCCCUUGUGUUUGGACCCAUUCUGGGGAAGAGCUGGCGACUCUACAAGGUGUUUACCCAGAGGGUCCCGGACAAGAGAGUGAUAAUCAAAGACCUGCAGCUACUGGGGCUGGUGGCAGCCUUGGUGAUAGCUGAUGUGAUCCUGCUCAUGACGUGGGUAUUGACGGACCCCAUCCAAUGCCUCCAGAUUCUCGGAGUCAGUAUGACGGUGGCAGGGAGAGAAGUGGCCUGCUCGCUGACCAGCACGCACUUCUGUGCUUCCCGGUACUCUGAUGUCUGGAUUGCCCUUGUUUUGGGAUGCAAGGGCCUGCUGCUGCUGUAUGGUGCCUACCUGGCUGGCCUCACCGACCACGUCAGCUCUCCUCCCGUGAAUCAGUCUUUAACCAUCAUGGUGGGGGUCAACCUUGUGGUGCUGGCUGCCGGGCUGCUUUUUGUGGUCACCAGAUACUUGCACUCCUGGCCCAACCUGGUCUUUGGCCUCACAUCCGGAGGAAUCUUUGUUUGCACAACCACCAUCAACUGCUUCAUCUUCGUUCCCCAGCUGAAGCAGUGGAAGGCAUUUGAAGAGGAAAACCAAACAAUUAGAUGCAUGGCCAAAUAUUUCAGCACUCCCAGCAAAGGCUGCCAUACCCAGUAUGGUGAGGAACAGAACUGCCACGCCAGAGGAGAGAAAACCUCCAUGGAAAGACUCCUCACAGAAAAAAAUGCUGUGAUUGAAAGCUUGCAGGAACAAGUCAACAACGCCAAAGAGAAGCUAGUGAGGCUUAUGUCAGCUGAGUGUACCUAUGACCCCCCAGAGUGGGCUGGCCUCCCUGCCUCUUCCCACAGCAAGGACUGCCAGGCUGCAGCCCCUGUGCACGGCCUAGCAACUCCAAGGCAUUCCAAAUGCCUCUCUAACCCUCCGAAUGACACCAGUGCGGCUGCCCAGGACUCCCAGAGCACCUCAGUGCUCUCCUCAAGUGCACAGAGCCUCGAGGGGCCUGGGAAGGACACUGGCUCUUCCCCGGGGCAGAAGGAGGUGUCUGACUUGAAAGACUCUUCUGAUCAUUUAAACUUGGGCUGCAGCCAGAAGCAACAGGCUGAGCAAAGCCAGGGGACAGAAAGAAAAGAUCAGGUACCUACGGCCCUCCACUGGAGUCUCAUACCAGGUGAAGAAGGCUCUGUUCCCCAGAGACAGGGGCAGCUGGAGAACUCAGAGGAGCCCCAAAAGCAGCUGUCAAGGGUCAAUUCAGUGAUCAGAGAGAAGCUUCAAGAAGUCCUACAAGAUCUGGGCCUGGGCGCUGAGGCUCCUGUCACCUCUUCCCUGUCUUGUCCCCAGCAGCCCUGGAAGAGCAGUGCUGCCCACAGCCCCCAGAAGAUGCCUCUCUCCAAGGAGCUGGGCUUCAGCCCAUACAUGGUGAGGAGAAGGCGGGCAGUGCAGCGGGCUCGCUCACACUUUCCGGGCUCUGUACCCUCCUAUGUGGGGCAUCGGGCAAAUAGGAUUAUAUCUGGUGCAAAAAGUGGGUUAAAUGUGCAGAACAGGGACAGCCUCUGCUUGGACCCUCAAACUGCUGAUUCCAAUGCACCCUCUUCCAAGAAGCCUUCAGGACUCCCAGAUCCUCAAGGCAAGCCAGGCACCCUGGAGGACAGCAAACAAUGCCAGGCAGAGCCCCAGGGGGCUGGAAGGAGCCCUGCAGCCUUCCCUCACCAACCUGCUGACUCUGGCCGGGCACAGUGUCCCGCUGGCCACCGCCUAUCCAGAGCCUCACCAGAUCUGCCUGAGCAGAGACAGCUGCAGUCCUCGGGGUCCCCAGGCUGUCCCUCCCUUUCUUCUCCAUGCAACUACCUUGAUACUGAGUCCAGCAGCUCAGACGAGUUUUUCUGCCACUGCCACCGGCCCUACUGUGAAAUCUGCUUCCAGAGUUCCUCUGAUUCCAGUGACAGUGGCUCAUCAGACACUGACCCUGAGCAUGCUGGGGGGCUGGCUUCCUGGGAAAAGCUGUGGGCCCGCUCAAAGCCUAUCGUGAACUUCAAAGAUGACCUGAAACCCACACUGGUGUAAAACUAAGCAGGGCAGGUCUGGAUAGAGAAGUUGGUCCAGG